UCUCAUCGCUGUACAUGAUGUCUACGGCCCGAAAACGAUUUUGAAUAAAGAAACAUUGCCUGGAGACUGCACAACAAUGUCAAGCCUCAACACUACCUCCAAACCAUCAAACAGCGUUUUAGCCGAUGACUCGCCCUCCUUUAACCACUUGAUUCCAAUUGACAUACCUCCUAUAACUUUGGGAAUAUUGAUUCUUUUGGCCAAUGGCCUCGUCAUAGUUUUGGUAGCAAGGAAACAGCGAUUAAGAAGUUUAACAAACCUGUUGUUGUGUAGCCUGGCUUUAUCAGACCUCCUAUCCGGGGUGAUAAGUAUACCAUUAUUCCUGAUGUGCAACUUAUUGCGCAAGCCGGGCAUCUGUAUCGCUGAGGAUCAAAUGUUGCGAUUCACGUCGAUUUCCACCGUUUCUCACAUUGUGGCUGUUACUGCAGACAGGUAUCUCGCCAUUAUUCAUCCCUUGAGGUACAAGGCGAUAUUUACCCACUCAAGAUGCGUUUCUGUCACGCUGAGUAUCUGGGUGUUAUCAGCUACCGUGGCUAUGGUCCAGCUGAGUUGGAUGAACCCAUUUGAUCACGACGUAAAUCAGGACCCUACCCCUGAUAUCAUGCGAAAGGAAAACAUUUAUGAUGUCACAUGCGUCCUUGCCUUCAUCAUCGUGCCGUUAGUCUUUAUGGUCUUCGUCUAUGCCAGGAUCUUCCUUGAAGUCUCGCGACAGAUCGCCUCCCUCCGAAAGCAAACUGUGUCUGAUAGCCAGGAUUCUCGAAAGCUGAAAUACGCCGAAAGGAGAGUUAUUAUGACUUUUUCAAUGAUGUUACUGGUGUAUACCGUUUGCUGGCUGCCAUACUUCAUCUUGCGACUGAAUGACCUAACUUACAUUAAUGAUUUUAUCAUAUACGUCAUCUUGUGGCUGCGAUUUUUGUCGUCCUUUCUAAACCCAUGUUUAUACAUCUUUGGAAAGAAGAAUCUCCGAUUCGCUUUAAAGUGGUCAGUGAGGAGAGAUAAACGGUACCAGAAUGAAGACAUAAUUCCACUCGAUCGUGUGGGGGCUCCAGUAUAACAAUACGAAAAGGAAACAUUUAAUCUGUAAAUCUGCAGAAGAGGCAACAUAUAUAGAUCCAAUCAGGGAGUCGACUUAGUGGAAGAUGUUAAUUCCAUGUCAUUUAUAUAUAUUUUUCAAUUUAGAUAGAAUCAAAAGUUUUAUCACGUUUCCCAAGGCUUCAAAACUGUGAAUCAUAGCUGACGGAAUCAUAUUGCUGGGCCGUUUUUACCAACAAGACUAACAUCUUCACGAAUUCUAGUUAGUUUGCAGAAUACAAUUAACAAUUGACCACCGAUAAGUAUUCUAGGACACUUGUACGCGAACGUAGGAGCCCCACUGGAAAACAUGACCCAUGCCCAAGCCAAAUUGAUAGAGAAUGAUAUAUGGGCAUGCGUAGAUGUGGAAUUUCUCUUCGAGCGUGUAAUUCGAUAUCGAGUUGAACAAGGGAAGAAAUAUUUCAUAUCUGCAAGCAAUCAUGUAUCAUUUUGUUUACUAUGCAAACACCAUGGGCCUUUCCUGAUAAGAAAAGUUUAGUGAACGUGAACGCUUUUUCACUCUCCGCGAUUCGAGAAAAGUGUUGCCGCGUCGCUUUGUCAGUUUUUGAAUAAAACUUUUCGCGCGUUGAUUUUGCUUUUGCUUUCAUGUAAGCAGAAUGAAUUCCAAAAAAUAUUUCUAACCGAAAAUAAAGAUGUUUACAAGUCUAGUGUGCAACGUGCAACCAUCGAGUUAUGGAUGCACUUAAUGUUGAUUUGUUUCGGGAGAAGAAAAUCAGUUGGCGGGAAAUUUAACAUAAACAAUAAUUUUAAUGGAACACGAUCGCUAACACAUACAUAGAGCGCAUGGAAUAAAUUAAAAGCUUGCACAGAGUCAUAGUCGGUCAUGCACGCAAUGUGGAUGUAACUAACAAUUAUUCCACGAGCGCGCGUUGGAUAUGAAACGAUAGAUAGCUAU